AGGAAGAGAGCAGCUCUUUUUACUAAGGGCAAACAUGCCUGAUAAUUGCUGCUCAGGCGAUCACCAGCCUUUUACACUAGAACCAUCUCAUGCGGAAGUAAGACUGAACAUUUGCAGACCGGUGGCUCCUGUUCCUGUGUCCCCCCUUAAGAUUUUCUACUCAUUAGUGAAGCCUGCAAGAACAACCAUUUGAUUUGGCAGCAUGAAGCCUGUUAUUGUGGUUCAUGGUGGAGCUGGCCGCAUCUUUAAAGAUCGGGAAGAAGGAGCUCGUUCAGGUGUUACCAGAGCAGCAAUGAAAGGUUACAGUAUCCUUAAACAAGGAGGCAAUGCAUUAGAUGCAGUUGAAGAAGCAGUGACAUCAAUGGAAGAUGAUCCACAUUUUAAUGCAGGCUGUGGAUCUGUUUUAAAUGAGAAGGGUGAAGUAGAAAUGGAUGCCAUUAUCAUGGAUGGAAAAAGUCUAGCUUCAGGAGCAGUAUCUGCAGUUAAAUGUAUAGCUAACCCAAUAAAGCUUGCUCGUCUUGUCAUGGAAAAGACAGAGCACAUGUUGCUGACUGACCAUGGGGCAAACCUUUUUGCCAAAGCCAUGGGUGUUCCUGAGAUUCCAGGGGAGAAACUUAUAACGGAAAGAUCCAGAGAGAGAUGGAGCAAGAACCUUGAGCCAGAUUCUAACCCUCAGGAGUUUAAAAAAGACCCUGGAACAGUUGGUGCCGUUGCUAUAGACAAUGAAGGAAACGUAGCUUGUGCAACAUCCACUGGGGGACUCACUAAUAAACUGGUUGGCCGAGUCGGUGAUUCAGCGUGCAUAGGAAGUGGAGGCUAUGCUGAUAACCAUGUUGGUGCCAUCUCUACCACAGGACAUGGAGAAAGCAUGAUGAAAGUGGUCCUAGCCCGACUUAUUCUCUAUCACAUGGAACAAGGAAUGUCACCGAUGGAGGCUGCUGACACUGCAUUGAAUUAUAUGAAAACAAGAGUGGGUGGAUUAGGAGGUGUCAUAGUUGUCAGCAAUUCAGGGGACUGGGCAGCAAGGUUCUCCACCAAGCAGAUGUCUUGGGCAACAGUGAAGGAUGACCAGUUGCAGUAUGGCAUUUACACAGGGGAGAUACAUACGAGCUCUGUUGCAGAAGCACUUGAAUCCAAGUAAUUCUGGGGAUGAAGAAAAGUGGAUAGUACGGCAGGACAAAGAUCUCAGUCUUCAUGGGGAGCAGUGAAAAUUGAUGUUAUCUUUCUGAAAAGAUUUACCCUCUAUUAAAUAUUCCCAGAAUUCACCACAUUUUACAAGCAAACUGGAACUCAGAAGCACUAGGCUUAAAGAUGAUGGAUGUGGAUAUAGUGAUCAAUUAAAUGUCUCUAGAAAACACCAGGGCUGGUGUCCUUUCAAAAACCAGAUGGCGUGUAGGUGUGUAGAAGAGCAUCCCCUCAUGUCUGGGCCUGGCGCAGCUGGCUCUCUUCUAGCACUCUCCGCAGAGACAGUUGCUUAAGCCUUGUAGUGAUCUGCCUCUUCUUGUGAUUCAGCCUCUCCAGCCAGGUCCCACCCCUUUUAGGGUAGUGAAGUCCAACAGAUAAUCCAAUGUCCUUACAAAAGGUCUUCAGCCCCAAUUCUGGCCUACUGUGGUCCUUAAAGCUGCUUAUCUCAGGGCUGUUAAGUCUGUUUUCACUUAUAUCAGGGGUCUCAUGCCAUCUUCCCUGGUGGCUGGCAGGGGAACCCAGGUCCUCCCACUACACUAGGUUCCAGUCCAAGGACCCUUCAACCAGCAGCCGAAGUCUACCAUGUCAGACUCCUUCUGCUGCCUCUCUGGACUUCUUUCUACCAAGUCUGCCAACAGGCCUCUCUCACAACCUCUCUAAAUUCACCCUCCUUUCAGAGCCAGAUCUUCCCCCUGGAAUCUGCCAGUAAAUCUCAUACCACCAAGUGUACAAUUUAACCCAUCUUCACUUUUCAUCCUUCCUAAGUUUCCCUUACACAGUCCCUCAGUUAACCACCUGCCAGAGCUCUCUUUCUGGAAGUCCAGAUCCUGCCCUUUUAUCAGAGCUCACCACACUGAAGCCUUUUCAGUCCUAGUGACUGCACUGUUUCUCACCUGGCCUCUUGCUAGACUUCUCUACCCAUAAGAGGGGUCCAAGGACAACAUUCUUCCUAGACUUCCUCCUCGACCCUCAGGGUCUUGCUACUCUUGAAUGCAAAAUUCUUUUCUCUCUCCCUGAAACCACCUUCUUCCUUUUUUCUAUCUGCUUCCUGUUUUAUGGUAAAGCAGCCUCAGCCUAUGAGGCUAUGACUGCCACCUACAGCAGUUUUUGCAUAAGCAAAAUCUAUAUCCUCUCACCCAGUUCUGUAUCCUUAAAAAAAAAAAAUCAAACACUUUUUUUAAUACUAUCCCACUUUCCCAGUACUCACCAAUUCUUUCAGACUAUAUUCUUUCACCUUGGGUGCAUCUUGGGUGCAUCUCAGUUCUUCAUAAAGAAUUUUUCUUUCUAUGUAACUGCCCCUGCAUUGCCACAGCAGAUGCUUAACUGUUUCUUGGACUUUGCAGGUUUCCAUAACCAAUUUUUGUGCUUGUUUAGUAAAUUACCAUUCAGGUCACAGUGACCUGUUAGCCCUCUAAAUGUAUAGCUACUUCACUUCUUCUUGUCAUAGCUAUUAAGUUAUCCUCAAGUUUAGGACAUAUUUCAUAGGACCUUUGUCCUUUUAUUCUCUGUAGUCCAUAGUUCUUGACAUUCCCUCUUAACCAAACUUUUGAAAGUCCUGUAUACUCAGAGGACUCUUUAUGUCAAUCUCCUCAUUUUAAGGCAUUUUUCACUGCUUUAUCUGCCAUUUUGUUGCCCAGUAUCCCAGCAUGCACCGGAAUCCACGCUAUUAUGAUAGGUAUACCCAACUGUACUCUCUUUAGUUAGGAAUAAUUUAUUGAACCAGUCCUGUUUUCCGAGGCUUCCUUUUCUAAUCACCAUUAUGCCAUUAUGACAGGUAUAUCAGGUCACAAAAUUGGAUAGUCUCAUAGGUCUCUUAAUUUCAGAUUCAGGGAUACAAAAGGCCUUUCCCAAACUGUAUUAUCUCUAGAGCAGUCAAUAUAGGUUUGGCAAUGAAGACCCCAUUUGCCAUAUAUAAACUCGUAAAUUAUAGCCGUCGUAUUUGAUGGUUCUGCUCUUAGCUUUGUUGUAUCAUAUAAUUUCAAAUCCACAACUGGGGAGACAACCAUUGUGCUAUAGUUUGAUUUCCCAUGACUAAGGAUUUUAAUUUCUUCCAGACGUUCCUUUUUAACCCACCUUUUGGCCCUGUUCGCAGGUGGGAGUUUGUCUCUACUUAAUUCCCAACUGUCCUCGUAUAUUUGUUUAGUACUCUUAUCUUUGCUAUUUCCAUUAACCUUAGCUCAGAAGGCUAAAUCUAACAAUUUCUACCUUAAAUUUAGAGGCAUUUCUCAGGUUGCUACCUGCAGCACACAUGAGAGUCCAGAGUCUUAAUACUCGCACAACGUGUUAUUCACAAAGCUUGGGCUUGGAUCAGAUCUGAAUUUUCUUCCUUUUUUGUGUUGAUUUUAGAAGUUGAAUUAAGUCUUGGUAUCCAUAAUGCCCUUUACAGCAUCAACAGUUUGUUCUUAUCUGCACCCCCAGUUGUUCCCAGCAAUACUUUUAAGCAAAUUCAUCCUAUCUUUACAGUUGCUUCUGAUUAUCUAUAACCUUUCCAAGUUAGUUUAUUGAACAUAACUCACGACUGUAAAAUUUUGAACUGAUGUUUUUUUUCUGUAUAGAGAGAGAGGUUCUGUUCUUCCCCAGUCUUCCUUUUUGGUGAAGAUCAUUCCCUUUGUUUGGGCAAGUGAGAACCUAAAUCCCCAAGUAUCUCCCCAUUCUGAAAUUCCUGAGUGCUUCAUUGGUUCUCUCCACAGCUAUCUUAAGUCUUCGAUAUUUGGCCCAUAUAUCACAGUAAUCUGCAAAUAGACUAAUACCUAACUAUUCCUGCCUGUAUAAUCUCUGGGAGAUCAUUAAGAAUAAUGUUAAGCAGGCUUGGCCUGAUAACACUCCCCUGGGAAAUGCCAUUCGUUAAUUUUAUAAAUAUUUGACAAACCUGCCACCACCUGACUUGUAUGGUUCUACCACUUAAGCAGUCUCUUAUCCACCAAAACAUUCUUCCUCUUACUCCAACUGUGGCUACUUUAUACAUGAAGCUUCCCUCUGUAGCAUGUUGUUAUAUGUUUUUCAGUGUCCAAAAAGACAGCUAUCAAAAUCUGUUUUGUAUUUGUUUCUAAUCUUACAAUAUAAUCAACUAUGCAUCUUCCUUUCCUGAAACCACUUUGUACACAGUUUAGUAGCAUACUUGGAAAAAAUGAAAUUAUAAUCUCUCAUUUAUCAGUCUUUUCAUAAUGUUGCCCACACAGGAUGUGAUAGAUCUACAUGCAUCACGUCUUUGUUUAGUUUGCCAGGUUUUCCUAUCAGUAUAACCACCGCUUGAUUCAAUUCUGCUGCUAGUAUUCCGGUUCCUUCCCCACUCUGAACUUUAGGGUACAGAUGUGGGGACCUGCAUGGACACUUGUAAGCUUA